AUGGAGGGCAAUAAGUCCGAUAGGAGCCUGAAAAGAAUACCCCAUCACCUGGCUGCUGCGUCCGCAAGCGUGCCGGGCACUCGAAGCCGACUCGCGUUGGAAGAACCCUUCCGGGUCUCCUUCCACCUGGACAGGACUUACUGGGACCAGGCCUACUACAGAGGCUGCUCAGGCAGAUUCGCCUGCUUUCCCCUGCCCGGACAGCUUGGGGUGUUAGACUGUGCCUUCGAACCAGCCUUCAUCCAAAAACGGAACGAGAGGGAGAGGCAGAGGGUGCGCUGUGUGAACGAGGGAUACGCCCGCCUCCGCGACCACCUCCCCCGGGAGCUUGUGGAAAAGCGGCUCAGCAAGGUGGAGACCCUCAGAGCUGCCAUUGGCUACAUCAAACAUCUCCAGAAUCUCCUGGAGCGUCAUUCUCUGGGAGCUUGCAGCAAGGCCAAAGACGGGCCAACCGUGUCCGUCCCCGACCCGAGACCCGAGUGCAACAGUGACGGAGAAUCCAAGACCUCCUCCGUCUCUUCUCCAUACAGCGAGUCGGAGGUCUGCAGCUAG